AUGUUCAUCCCGCUGGUUUGUUUUAUUCAUCAGCGACGUUAUUCCGCUGAGCAUAGUCGGCCUAGGCGAAGUCCAUUCCGCCGUGGGUCAUCAAUCGCCAAUCAUUCGUGGUUGUUGUCAUCAGGAGAGCCGAGGUUCAUUCCGGCCUCCAACUCUGUCUUGGUCGUUGUCCUUGCCAUCAGCGCCCUCGGCAUCUACAGUCAAGGUCAGAAUACUAUGUUUGUCCUCUCAGUUCCUGAAGUUCACGGCUUUGGUUAA